UAUAAUUGGCCGCCGGCUGGCCUUCCUUUCCUCUUAUCUGAUCCUGGGCGCCUGGCAGGAGGGAAGCGCUGGGGAGGGCGCAGCUGCGGGCUGCGCAGAGUGGGAGCUGGAGUGGGAGAGGGAGAAGGAGAGGAAGGGGGAGAGGGAGCGGAGAGGCUAAUUAAAAGGGGGCACAACGCGGGCAGCUUGCAGGAGCCGUGCGCCGCCAAGAACCAACUCGCGGCGAACUUGGAUCCUACUACCUAGGCAUCGAGAGGUCCCCAUCUUGGACUAGAACUUUCCCCUGCACAGGACGGCUGCUGCAUCCCAUGUGAAAAGCAGAGGAUAAAAUGAAGAUUCUUCAGUGCAACAUGCAUCACUGGCUGUUUCCAGCUCUGCUGGCUGUUGCUUAUUUUUCCACCAUUGUCCAGGGUCAAGUGGCUCCACCGACACGGUUAAGAUAUAAUGUAUUAUCUCAUGACAGUAUACAGAUUUCCUGGAAGGCUCCAAGGGGGAAGUUUGGUGGCUACAAACUUCUUGUGACUCCAGCUUCAGGUGGCAAAACCAAUCAAUUGAAUCUCCAGAACACGGCAACUAAGGCAAUUAUUCAAGGUCUUAUGCCAGACCAGAAUUACACAGUUCAAAUUAUUGCAUACAAUAAAGACAAAGAAAGCAAGCCAGCCCAAGGUCAAUUCAGAAUUAUAGAUUUGGAAAAAAGAAAGGAACCAAAACCCAGAGUCAAGGUUGUGGAUAAAGGAAAUGGGAACAAACCAACUCCACCAGUAGAAGAAGUGAAGUUUUUCUGUGAAACUCCAGCAAUUGCUGAUAUUGUGAUCCUGGUUGAUGGUUCGUGGAGUAUUGGCAGAUUCAACUUCAGACUGGUUCGACUUUUCCUGGAAAACCUGGUGACAGCCUUCAACGUGGGCUCAGAGAAGACACGAAUUGGUCUUGCACAGUAUAGCGGCGACCCCAGAAUAGAAUGGCACUUGAAUGCCUUUAGCACAAAAGAUGAGGUCAUCGAAGCGGUCCGAAAUCUACCCUAUAAAGGAGGAAAUACACUAACAGGUCUUGCUUUGAGCUACAUUUUUGAAAAUAGCUUUAAACCAGAAGCAGGAUCAAGGACCGGAGUGUCCAAAAUCGGCAUUUUGAUCACAGAUGGAAAGUCCCAAGAUGAUAUUAUCCCACCAUCUAGAAACCUCCGUGAAUCUGGUGUCGAACUCUUUGCCAUAGGGGUGAAAAACGCGGACGAGAACGAGCUACGGGAGAUCGCCUCUGAGCCGGACAGCACUCACGUGUACAAUGUGGCCGAGUUUGACCUGAUGCACACAGUCGUGGAGAGUCUGACGAGGACCGUCUGCUCCCGGGUGGAAGAACAGGACAGAGAGAUCAAAGCUUCAGCUCUCGCCACUGUUGGGCCGCCUACAGAGCUGAUUACUUCUGAAGUCACUGCCAGAAGCUUUAUGGUUAACUGGACCCAUGCCCCAGGAAAUGUGGAAAAAUACAGAGUCGUGUACUACCCUGCCAGGGGCGGAAAACCAGAGGAGGUGGUGGUGGAUGGAGGUGUGUCUUCCACGGUGUUGAAAGGCUUGAUGUCUUUAACUGAAUAUCAGAUAGCCGUCUUCGCAAUAUAUGCUCACACGGCUAGUGAAGGCCUACGGGGAACCGAAACCACACUUGCCUUACCUAUGGUUUCUGACCUUGAACUGUACGAUGUAACUGAGAACAGUCUGAGGGCAAGAUGGCAAGCGGUGCCUGGAGCGUCCGGAUACCUGAUCCUCUACGCUCCUCUCACGGAGGGUCUGGCUGGGGAUGAAAAAGAGAUGAAGAUUGGAGACACCCACACUGAUAUUGAAUUGAGUGGGUUGUUGCCCAAUACGGAGUACACAGUUACAGUUUAUGCCAUGUUUGGAGAAGAGGCCAGCGAUCCUGUUUCAGGCCAAGAAACCACACUGCCUUUAAGUCCACCAAGAAACCUGAGAAUCUCCAAUGUUGGCUCUAACAGUGCUCGGUUAGCCUGGGACCCAACGUCAAGAAAGAUCAGUGGUUAUCGAAUUAUGUAUAACAAUGCAGAUGGCACUGAAAUUAAUGAGGUUGAAGUAGAUCCUAUUACUACCUUCCCUCUGAAGGGCUUGACGCCGCUCACAGAGUACACUGUGGCCAUUAUCUCCAUCUAUGAUGAGGGGCAGUCGGAGCCUCUGACUGGAAUUUUUACCACAGAGGAGGUUCCAGCCCAGCAAUACUUGGAAAUCGAUGAGGUGACGACAGAUAGUUUCAGAGUGACCUGGCAUCCCCUUUCGGCGGACGAAGGGCAGCACAAGUUGAUGUGGAUUCCAGUCUACGGUGGCAAGACCGAAGAAGUUCUCCUAAAAGAAGACCAAGACUCCCAUGUUAUUGGAGGCCUGGAGCCCGGCACUGAAUAUGAGGUUUCGCUCUUGGCCAUAUUGGAUGAUGGGAGCGAGAGUGAGGUGGUGACGGCUGUGGGGACCACACUUGACAGUGUUUGGACCGAACCAUCUACAACCAUAGCCCCCACCAGACCUGUGACGUCAGUUUUCCGGACAGGAAUCAGAAACCUGGUUGUAGAUGACGAAACCACUUCUAGCCUGCGGGUAAAAUGGGACAUUUCAGACAGCAGCGUGCAGCAGUUAAGGGUGACCUACCUGACUGCUCAAGGGGACCAUGCGGAAGAAGUGAUAGGAACGGUUAUGGUGCCUGGAAGCCAGAACAAUCUCCUUCUCAAAUCUCUGCUUCCCAAUACCGAGUACAAAGUCACGGUGACGCCCAUCUACGAUGAUGGAGACGGUGUCAGCGUCUCUGCACCGGGAAAAACCUUGCCGCCCUCUGGUCCCCAAAACUUACGGGUCUCAGAAGAAUGGUAUAACAGGCUGCGUAUUACAUGGGAUCCCCCAUCUUCCCCCGUAAAGGGCUAUAGGAUUGUCUACAAACCUGUUAGUGUUGCUGGCCCAACCCUGGAAACUUUCGUGGGAGCUGGCAUUAAUACCAUUCUUAUCACAAACCUCCUCAGCGGAAUGGACUACAAUGUGAAAAUAUUUGCUUCCCAGGCCUCAGGCUUCAGUGAUGCCCUAACAGGCGUGGUGAAAACUCUGUUCUUGGGUGUGACCAAUCUUCAAGCGGACCAGAUUCAGAUGACCAGCUUGUGUGCCCGGUGGCAGGUGCAACGCCAUGCCACUGCCUAUAGGGUGGUGAUAGAGUCACUCCAGGACACAAAAAAGCAAGAAGCCACUGUGGGUGGAGGAACAACCAGGCAUUGCUUCUAUGGACUUCAGCCUGAUUCAGAAUAUAAAAUCAGUGUUUACACAAAGCUUCAGGAGAUCGAGGGACCCAGUGUCAGCAUAAUGGAAAAAACACAGUCACCUCCUACUCAGCCACCUACUUUUCCUCCAACCAUUCCACCAGCAAAAGAAGUAUGCAGAGCUGCCAAGGCAGAUCUGGUAUUUAUGGUGGAUGGAUCCUGGAGUAUUGGAGAUGAGAAUUUCAAUAAGAUCAUUAACUUUCUGUACAGCACUGUUGGAGCCCUGAACAAGAUCGGUGCAGAUGGAACUCAAGUUGCGAUGGUUCAGUUCACUGACGACCCCAGAACAGAAUUUAAACUCAAUGCCUACAAUACCAAAGAGACCCUUCUUGAUGCAAUUAAACGUAUUUCAUACAAAGGAGGAAAUACAAAAACAGGAAAAGCAAUCAAGCAUGUCCGAGAUAGUUUGUUCACUGCAGAAUCAGGAACCAGAAGAGGCAUCCCCAAGGUCAUCGUGGUUAUAACUGAUGGAAGGUCACAAGAUGACGUGAACAAAAUCUCUGGGGAGAUGCAAUCAAAUGGCUACAGCAUCUUCGCCGUUGGAGUGGCCGAUGCAGAUUACUCAGAGCUGGUGAGCAUCGGCAGCAAGCCCAGCUCACGGCACGUCUUCUUUGUGGAUGACUUUGACGCCUUUAAGAAAAUUGAAGACGAGUUGAUUACUUUUGUCUGCGAAACCGCAUCAGCAACCUGCCCGCUGGUAUACAAAGAUGGCGUUGAUAUAGCAGGAUUUAAGAUGAUGGAAAUGUUUGGUUUGGUUGAAAAGGAUUUUUCAUCUGUGGAAGGGGUUUCCAUGGAGCCUGGUACCUUCAAUGUGUAUCCGUGUUACCGAAUUCAUAAAGAUGCUCUGGUUUCCCAGCCAACCAAAUAUUUGCAUCCAGAAGGAUUGCCCUCUGACUACACAGUGAGUUUUCUGUUCCGGAUUCUUCCUGACACUCCAGAGGAGCCAUUUGCUCUUUGGGAGAUUUUAAAUAAAAAUUCUGACCCAUUGGUUGGAGUCAUUUUAGAUAAUGGUGGUAAAACCUUAACAUAUUUCAACUAUGACUACAGUGGGGAUUUUCAAACGGUUACUUUUGAAGGACCUGAAAUCAGGAAAAUUUUCCACGGUAGCUUUCACAAGAUACACAUCGUUGUCAGCAAGACUUUGGUCCAAGUGGUCAUUGACUGCAAGCAUGUGGCUGAGAAGGCAAUAAAUGCUUCAGCUAAUAUCACGUCGGAUGGUGUUGAAGUCCUGGGGAGAAUGGUCAGAUCAAGGGGACCAAAUGGAAACUCUGCACCAUUCCAGUUACAGAUGUUUGAUAUUAUCUGUUCCCCAUCAUGGGCCGAUAGAGACAAAUGCUGUGAACUUCCAGGCCUGAGGGAUGAGGAGACCUGCCCAGAGCUACCGCAUUCCUGCUCCUGUUCUGAAGUCAAUACGGGGACUCUGGGGCCAGCAGGCCCACCAGGUGGUCCAGGACUCCGAGGACCAAAGGGCCAACGAGGUGAACAGGGUCCAAAGGGACCAGAGGGCCCUCGAGGUGACACAGGCCCUCCAGGACCCCAGGGCCCCCCUGGACCCCAAGGACCAAGUGGUCUGUCCAUUCAAGGAAUGCCUGGAAUGCCGGGUGCUAAAGGAGAAAAAGGAGAGACAGGCCUUCCUGGCCCACAGGGUGUCCCAGGAGGCAUUGGUUCACCAGGACGCGAUGGGUCUCCAGGCCAGCGGGGAUUUCCUGGAAAGGACGGGUCCUCUGGCCCUCCAGGACCACCAGGGCCAAUUGGCAUUCCCGGAGCCCCUGGAGUCCCAGGGAUCACAGGAAGCAUGGGACCUCAAGGUGCCCUGGGGCCACCUGGUAUCCCUGGAGCCAAGGGAGAGCGAGGAGAAAGAGGGGACCUGCAGUCUCAAGCUAUGGUACGAGCGGUGGCGCGUCAGGUGUGCGAACAGCUCAUCCAGAGUCAUAUGGCCAGGUACACGGCCAUCCUCAACCAGAUUCCCAGCCAGUCCUCAUCAGUCCGGACCAUCCAAGGGCCCCCUGGAGAACCUGGUAGACCAGGGUCACCCGGAACCCCUGGUGAACAAGGACCCCCAGGGACGCCAGGCUUCCCUGGAAAUGCAGGCGUGCCAGGGACCCCAGGAGAACGAGGUCUAACUGGCAUCAAGGGAGAAAAAGGAAAUCCAGGCAUAGGAUCCCAAGGUCCAAGAGGUCCCCCGGGACCAGCAGGACCUUCAGGGGAGAGUCGGCCAGGAAGCCCUGGGCCCCCUGGCUCUCCUGGACCCAGGGGUCCACCUGGUCACUUGGGGGUGCCAGGACCACAGGGUCCUUCUGGCCAGCCUGGAUACUGCGACCCUUCUUCGUGUUCUGCCUACGGUGUGGGAGCUCCCCAUCCUGAUCAACCGGAAUUCACUCCUGUCCAAGACGAGCUAGAAGCCAUGGAACUGUGGGGCUCAGGCAUCUGAUCGCCCUAGGACUAAUUUGGAGACCAACCUCAAGAACUCUUAGAGAAACUUAUUCAAGAAGAAUGUUGUUAUGUGGUUUGUAUGCUACCUUUGGGGGGCUUGUCUCACCAGCCUAAAUUUCCUUGGACGUUGUUAAUAUUGGUAUUAUUAGCAAAAAAAAAUUAUAUUUUAAAAAAUCCCCUUCAUCUAUGACACCACAGGAUUUAUUUCUCCUUGUUAUUUUAAUGGCAUGCCAGAUUAUUUGUUUUUCCAGAGAAGAGUGCUCAAAGGAAAAUUGGCAAAAAAAAAAAAAAAAAGUUGAACUCUGGAAUCUUUUCUGUGUUAGAUGAUCUCAAGUCCUAAAAUGGAUCAAGACAGCUAUGAUUGUAUUCAAAGGAAAUGGGGCCCUAGCAGAAUAAGAAUUUAAAGAGAUCCAAAGAUUAUGCCAUUUAUCCCUAUCUCCUGUGGCCUUUCUGAAAAGAAAAAUGGAUAUUAUUGGAGAAACUACCUCUUGAUUAACUGAUCUAUCCAGCUCUGAGAUCACUCGGUACCUCGUUUCACUGGUGUCUAAGAAUAUGUAUCAGAAUACAGCCUUUCUGAGUUUGGUGAUUUUAAAAAUAGAUUUAGUAUUUUCAGUGGCUUUACAUGUAAAAUAGUGACUUUCCACCAGUUCUGAUGCGAAGAGAUCCAAUCUUGAUGAACGACUCAUCCAGCGGUAUUCCAAGACUUGCCCUCUUUAUCUACAUGGAUUACUUUGUACAUGCAGAUACUUUUUUUUUUUUUUGCAAACCCAUUUCCAUUCUCUUUUAUAAGCAAAUAAAAAUUUAAAACAACA